CGACCAAUGAAAGCGCGGCGCGGGGCGGGUGACGACAACUUUACGCACAGGAAGAGGUGGCAGCCGGUGUCCGAAUGGGGGCGGGACGAUUCCCAAGAUCUGGCUGUCGAUUGGCUGAAAAGUAACCAAUUGAGAGCUCUAUCGUUGGAGCCCUUGGGCAUGCUCUCGAAUAUCAUUGGCCGGCGAGAUGUUGCUUUGCGUGCGGCGUUGCAUUCAUUGCCCGCCGGAAAAAGAACAGCGUUUGUAGCCGGAGCGAGGGCGGAGGGAGGGGGAGGGUUGUGAUGUGUUGGCGAGGCGCUGGUUGGUGCACUCUUCCUAGCAAUUAACAGCUUUAAUUAGCUAAUUCUUUUUCCUUAGCGUUGAAAAUGAAGUGCAUAAACUGACAGAUGUGGAAUCUUUAGGAAAAGUUCCUAAAGUACUUUCAGGGCUUCCAGUCUAAUUCAUGCAAAGUUCUCACCGUCUCCAGAAUGAAGGAAGCAUUAUUCAGUGAUUUACAAAAUUCAGUUUAAUUUCAUUUGCUAUCUAAUGUGUUGGUCUGCUUUCCAGUGACUGCAGUAUAUAAGUAGUGCCUUUUGUUAAUGACUAGCUAAAACAAUUUUCCAAGUCUUAGCACAAGUACCGUGCAAUUUUUUCCCCCCAACAGCUGUUGGUAAAUGAUGCAUGGAAAGGAUAAAGGAUACCCUCUUGGAAAAAUUUCCUGUCUCAUUGUAGGAAAAGCUGUCUUAUUCCUGUUCAUUCACGGAAAACUGUCACAAGUGGGUGAUCGUCCCACUGCAUUCAGCCCUGGGAGGCCGCAGUGCUGUGCUCAGCUCUGGGCUCCUCACUGCAAGACAAGACACGAGGCCCUGCAGCGUGUCCAGGAGGGGCAUGGAGCUGUGAGGGGUCCGGAGCACAAGGCUGAGGAAAUGGGAUGGUUCAGUCUGGAGAAAAGGAGCUCAGGGGAAAACUUACUGCUCUCAAUACCUCCCUGGAAGGAGGCUGUGGGGAGGCAGGGGUCGGCCUCUGCUCCCAGGUAAUAGCGAUAGGAUGAGAGGUAAUGGCUUGGAGUUGUGCCAGGGGAGGUUCAGGUUGGAUAUUAGGAAAAAUUUCUUCUCAGCAAGAGAGGUGAGGUAAUGGCACCGCCGCCCAGGUGGUGGUGUCACCGUCCCUGCAGGUGUGCAAGAGGUGUGGAGAUGUGGCACUGAGGGAUGUGGUCAGUGGGCGCAGUGCGAUGGGCUGGUGGUUGGGCCUGGUGAUCUUAGAGGUCUUUUCCAAUUUUAUUGAUUCUAUGAUUCUGAGUUGUGCAGAAAUCUGUGGUUUAACAAUCUGACCUUAGAAUGGCAGGUGAACUGCGGCAGUUCAGGCCCCCCUGGUGUUGCAAGUAACUGCCUUAUAAUGCUAAAUUCAAGCAUGCCUUCACCUUUGUCAUCUUCUAUAAAUAUGCUCUAAAGCACAGCUAUGAGUAACAAGUUUGUUGUUAGAAAUUUGUAAAUGCAGAAGAGCCAGCUUUUGUCUCAGCUGCAGAGCUCUGUGUUUUAAUCCACUCCUUAAUUAGUUUGUAGAGAGUAUUUUUUUUAGUCUUAUUAUAACGUAGCGUGAGAUCAUGUGGCUUAUAUCAAGUAUUUUUGCCACUUGGUUUAACCACAAGCAAAUUUAACCACGUUGUCAGGAAAUGAGGCUUUCUGCAUCUACAGUGCCAUGUAUUUAAAUGAUGCUUUGCAAAAACACACAAAGAUUCGCUCAGUUCCCCAAAGGCUCGGAGCUGGAGAUUCCCAUGUAUGUAAAUAACUUUGUAUGCAGCCCCAUUGCCUCAAGGAGACUGUUAAGGUGUAAAAUUGUCCACGUGCGUAAAUGUCCAUGAAAGAAAGACUGAAUAAAAAGGCAUUGGAAAGAGCUGAGAGGCAGGGUAGGUUGAGAUGUUGAAAAGCACUUGAACUGUUCUUCUUUUUUUUUGAUGGUAGAGAGGCCAUGCUUGUGCAAACCUGAGCAGAUACAAAAUGCAAAUAAUCUUUCAGUGUUUGUUGCCAUGGUUUUCUGGACUGGGCAAGAACAUGAACGUGGAUUUGUUACUCUCCCUGUGUAUUUUGAAAUGAAUGUAGAUUGCACGCGUUGCGUACUCGAUGUUUUAUUGUCUGUGGUGGUCUUCAUUUUGUUUUAUGUUGUGGUCUUAAGUUUGUGCUAAUUACAGUGUGAAACCUGUUUCUCAGAGUUCUUAGGUGUGGAAGCCAUCACCAAAGUGGGUGUCAUCCCUUAGCUAUUAAUUUUAAUAAUGCAUCCGUUCUUAAAAGACUCUUAAAUGGAAUAAUCUGGCAAACGAUGAUGGAUGAUUUUGGUGUUUCUAAAGCAGUUCUUUCCCAUUCAGGUAAGAGGAUUUAAACCAAAGGUCAGACGUCUGUUGUUAAUCCUUCAUGUCUUACUAAACAGGAAUUGCCUAAUCACACAGCUUUAUUUUCCUCAGCAGCUGAGGUCAAGCCCUUAGAGGAAGGGAUGAAAUGCACUGCAUGUGACCGUGCUGCCGAGCUGCUUCUCUGCAUGUCCUGGGACCUCAGAGCUGCUAAUUGGGCAUCUUUCAUGAAGGCAGUGAUCAAAGCACCCUAGGAUGGUGCUCUGCUGAUGUCUCUGAUAGGAUAUGAGCACCUUCCAGCAGGGCUUCCCUGCUGAACGCUAUUAGGAAACGCCAGUUUCCAUCUAAAUCGGCACAACCGGGGAUAUGUAAUUUAGGUAUUGGCCGGACUUGCAUUUAUAAUGGCAUCAGGUAAAUGGGAAAGCUGUGAAAUGAUCACUCGAGCAAAGAUGGCUCACGUUUUUUAGAUAAUUUCUUACUCCUGUUAAGGUGUGCAAGACGCUCACGCGCGUUCUCAUGCAAUGCUACCUCCCACCAGUGCUGCUUUCUAACAGCACUGACGUUUUUCUGUCCGAAAUGUCCCGACGUACGCCUCGGCGAGAACGAGAGCUGCGAAGCUCUGCAAGGCGCUUCCAGCGGGGCCGAGCCGCCGCCGCUCUCGGCUCCUCUCGGCUUGGGCCGGCUUCUCUCGGCUCUUCUCGGCUCCUGCCGGAUGCCCCGCGUCGGCCGCUUCCGUCGCUCUUCGGCUUCGCUUCGGGAGUUUCCGCUCAAGGCCCCGCCUCGUUGCCAGGGGUAACGCGGAGCAUCGGAGCGAGCGCGGACUUCGGGCGGCGCGGCCGCUGCAGGCAGAGCGGGCUGCGGUCAGUGACGGCUUCUGCCAUGGCUGUGUAUGUGGAUCACCAAACGCAGGCUCCAGAUUCAGUUGCCUCCCCUUCUCUUAUAACAUGGCACUCCGUCCAUCCUCUCCUGGCAGUCGCUUCCAUCAGCACAGCAUCAGGAGGCUGUGUGGAUAUCUAUCUGGAGCAGGGAGAACACGUGCCUGAUGCACAUGUCGAGAGAAGCUCUCAGGUCACAUCGCUUUCCUGGCACCCUUCCAAGCUGAUCCUGGCAGCUGGCUGGGAGACUGGAGAAGUUGUCAUACUUAACAAACAAGACAAGGAGCUCCACACUGUGCCGCCAAAUCAUAACAGCAAAAUUACCAUCCUAAACUGGAGCAGCAAUGGCUCCCGCCUCGUGUCUGGGGAUAGGCACGGCAUCUUGUUUCUAUGGAGAAUGGACCAGCGAGGUCGAGUGCAAGGUCCUCCCAUGCUAAAACACGAGUAUGGAAAAUGUCUGUCACACUGCAUCUUCCGACCGCCCCCUCCUGGCGAAGACUUCCUACAGCUGGCAAAAGCUGCUGUGAGUGGUGAUGAGAAAGCCUUGGAUAUGUUUAACUGGAGAAAAGCUGGAACAGAAGCACCUCUGAAAAUAGGGCUCCAGGAAGGACUGUCCUUCUUUGUCACCUUGACUGAUGGUUGUGUGCACUACACAAAUGAGAAAGGAAAGACAAGCCACAUAUUGUCAGCUGACAACCUUGUACAGAAGCUUCUGUUCAUGGAGAAAAAAGAUGCUUUAGUUGUUAUAACAGAGAACCUGCUGUUGUCCUUGCAUACAAUUACUCUCGAGGGAGAUGCCAAGGAGCUCAUGAAGGUGAAGUUGAGUGGGAAAACUGGUAAUUCUGCAGACAUCAUUUUAAUAGACCAUAGCCUUAUUGCUACAGCAAUGGGUGAGACAGUACUCAGGUUCUGGGAUUUGGACCGAGGUGAGAACUAUGUGCUCUCCCCAGAUGUGCAAUUUGGCUUUGAGGCUGGGGAGUGUAUGAACUGUGUUUCUUACUGCAGUGCUAAAGGUCUCCUAGCAGCUGGUACUAACAAAGGGAGAGUGGCAAUGUGGAGAAAUGUGUCAGUAUCCAGUCAGAGCACAGGGGCUUUGGAGGGCAAGGAGAAGUGGAAACUCCAUGCAUCUACAGAACUUGAAGGAAAUAUCACUCAGAUAAAGUGGGGCUCCCGAAAAAACCUCCUGGCAGUGAACAGCAUCAGCUCUGUGAUCAUCCUCAGUGAGCAGGCCAUGUCAUGUCACUAUAAUCAGCAAGUGGCUGCUGUGCAGGUGUCUCCCAGCCUGUUUAAUGUGACCUUCUUCAGCACAGGAACCACACACAAUCUUCAUGUUGAUAUGACUGUGAAUGGAGUCUUCGCUACUAAGGAUGCUGUAGUGUUCUGGAAUGGGAAGCAAGUUACUGUCUUUGAGUGCUCAGAAGAUACCUUAAGAAAUGCAGGCUCUUUUCUUUGUGACUCUCCAGUUCUGUCAGUGCAUGGAGAAAAUCUGUACACAGUUGAGCCGCAUCGGGUCCAAGUCCGGACCUGGCAGGGAACAGUUAAACAGCUUCUGGUGUUUUCUGAAGCAGAGGGGAAUCCGUGCCUCUUGGAUGUCUGUGGAAACUUCCUGGCUGUGGGAACUGAUUUGGCUCACUUUAAACUCUUUGAUCUCUCUCGCAGAGAGGCAAAAGUGCACUGCAAUAGCAAGAAUUUCUCUGAGCUGUUUCCUGGCCUUGGAAACAUUGCAUCUAUCAAGUGCAACGCUAACGGCAGUAAAGUCAGCAUCCUUGUUAGCAAGGCCAAUGGGAGUACUGAUUCCAAGAUCUGUUUCUAUGAUGUUGAAAUGGACAAAGUUACACUCUUUGAUUUCAAAGCUGAACAAGGGAUUGGUAAAGAUAAGCUUUCUUCUGGGCAUUGUACUGACAGGUCUGUUGUGGAGUAUCCAGAGCUGCACAAUCACAUCCCUGUUUGCCAUUUCUGGGACUGCAGUGAACCCAGACUUUUUGUAUGUGAAACAAUUCCUGAAACAGGUGUACGGUCCCCAGGUCAGAAGAACAACCAGACUGAGAGCACGCUGGAUGUUUGGGUUGUAUCAUUCUUCAGUACUGAAGAACAUGGCCUUUUGCUUCAGGACAGCUUCCCACUGCCUUCGUCGUAUGAGGUUCUUCUGGGUAUUGAUGUACCACAUUUUUACUUUGCAAAAAAGCCAGGGGAAACUGGGAAAGGACAAGCGGAGUCAGGCUCAAAGGUCUUGCAGAUGGCUUCCAGACGACCCAUGAGAGAUUUCAUUGGAUUAGGAGACUGUGAUAAGGCUACCCGGGAUGCCAUGCUGAACUUCAGCUUCUAUCUGACUGCUGGGGACAUGGACGAGGCGUUCAAAUCCAUCAAGCUGAUAAAAAGUGAGGCUGUCUGGGAGAACAUGGCUCGCAUGUGUGUGAAGACUCAGAGGCUUGAUGUUGCCAAAAUUUGCCUUGGAAACAUGGGUCAUGCAAGAGGAGCCAAAGCAUUAAGGGAGGCAGAACGGGAACCUGAGCAGGAAGCCAGAGUCGCUGUGCUGGCAGUUCAGCUGGGCAUGCUGGAGGACGCAGAGCAGCUGUACAAGGCUUGCAAACGCUACGACCUUCUGAACAAGUUCUAUCAGGCCACAAACCAGUGGCAGAAAGCCAUUGAAACAGCUGAAGCUCAUGACCGGGUUCACCUCCGCACCACUUACUACAACUAUGCUAAGCACCUGGAGGCAGUCGGAGAGCAUGCUCUUGCACUCAGCCUCUAUGAGAAGUCAGAUACACACAGGUUCGAGGUACCCCGAAUGCUCUCUGAAGACCUGCAGGCACUGGAGAACUACGUCAACAAGAUGAAAGACAAGAGCCUGUGGAAGUGGUGGGCACAAUACCUGGAGAGCCAAUCAGAUCUGGAAUCUGCAUUAAAAUACUAUGCACUGGCUCAGGAUUAUUUUUCCCUAGUCCGUGUCCACUGCUUUCAGGGCAACAUUCAGAAGGCUGCUGAAAUAGCAAAUGAAACAGGAAAUUGGGCGGCUUCAUACCACUUGGCCCGCCAGUAUGAGAGCCAGGAUGAAAUCAAGCAGGCUGUGCACUUCUACACCAGGGCCCAGGCAUUUAACAAUGCCAUUCGCCUGUGUAAGGAGAACAAUUUAGAUGACCAGCUGAUGAACCUGGCUCUCCUAAGCUCUCCAGAAGACAUGAUAGAGGCAGCCUGCUAUUAUGAGGAGAAGGGAGAGCAAAUGGACCGAGCUGUGAUGUUGUACCACAAGGCAGGACACUUCUCCAAAGCACUGGAGCUAGCCUUUGCCACGCAGCAGUUUGGAGCCUUACAGCUAAUUGCUGAAGACCUUGAUGAGAAGUCAGACCCAGCUCUGCUAGCUCGCUGUUCUGAUUUUUUUAUUGAACAUGCUCAGUAUGAGAAGGCAGUGGAAUUGCUGCUCACAGCCAAAAAGUACCAUGAAGCUCUGCAGCUCUGCCUGAAGCAGAACCUGACCAUCACAGAGGAGAUGGCUGAGCGGAUGACAGUCUCUAAGGACUCCAAGGACCUCUCUGAGGACUCCAGGAGAGAACUGCUGGAGCAAAUUGCAGACUGCUGCAUGAGACAAGGCAAUUACCACAUGGCAACCAAGAAGUACACGCAAGCUGGAAACAAAUUAAAGGCUAUGAAGGCACUGCUGAGAUCUGGAGACACAGAGAAAAUUGUCUUCUUUGCGGGAGUCUCCAGACAGAGAGAGAUUUACAUCAUGGCAGCCAACUAUUUGCAGUCACUGGACUGGCGUAAGGACCCAGAGAUUAUGAAGAACAUCAUCAGCUUCUAUACCAAAGGGAGGGCCCUGGAUCUGUUGGCAGGAUUUUAUGAUGUGUGUGCUCAGGUGGAAAUUGAUGAGUAUCAGAACUAUGAGAAAGCACAGGGAGCACUGACAGAAGCGUAUAAAUGUCUUUCAAAAGCAAAGACCAAAAGCCCUCUGGAACAGGAAAGCAAACUAGCACAUUUGCAAAGCAAGAUGGCUCUGAUAAAGCGAUUCAUCCAUGCUCGGAGGGUUUACUCUGAGGAUCCCAAAGAAGCAGUCAGACAGUGUGAACUUCUCCUGGCUGAACAAGAUCUUGACGACACCAUCCGUCAGGGUGAUGUCCUGGGAUUUCUGGUUGAACAUUAUUUACAAGUGCAGGAAUUCCAUGUGGCUUACCAGUACCUGGAACAGAUGCGGAAAAGAAUUCCAUGCACAAACCUGACUUACUAUGUCAAGCAGCAGACGAUUGAGGCAGUUCACCGAGGAGCAGGAAUUCCCAUCAGCCAAGCCUUGGUUCCAGAGCAAAGUCGGCAGAGCAGUGUGGAGAACAAGGACGUGGAAGAAGAAGUGGCUGAUGAAGUGGGAGGCCCCUGACACCUCAUAGUUGGCAGUACCAAGA